AUGCAACCAAGUGCCGCGCUGUCACCUCAACAAGAUGCGGCCAAAGGCGACCAUCGCACGCUUUUUCGUCUUUCGCAACAAAUAACCUACGACAACUAUGGGCUGGCCGUCCUGGAUGCUGUUCUGCCAUAUUCGCAGUACGACAAACUGCCCCGUGCUCCGAAUGCCUCCAUCAUCAUAGACUGCGAGAGAGGUUCCGGUGCACUUGCUUGUGUUGCAUCAUCCCUUCUCUGCUGUUCUCGAUCGCCCUCUCUUCGGGAAGGUACGAUCAUGAAGGUCAUGGCUAACUUCGACAAUAUCUUGACCUGGAUGAACCUCACUUUGGCGCGCUUGUCGGCGUUGGACGAUGCUUCCAUUUUUCCCCAGUCGUAUCUCCUCAACGUUGCAUCCAUCCUCUACCGACUCAGUACCAUGGAUACCAGAACAACCACGAUGGUCAUGGCCUCACGAGAAGCCGUCAAAAUAUUUCUGAGGGCCUGGACUCUGCGUUCCAAGAACACGAGAAAAGUCCACAGCACGCUGGGGUCCGACGAGGGUUGCAUGGUGACCAACCUUUUACGCGUAUAUACCAGCGACGAGAAAUGGCUUUCAAUCUUUGUCGACGUCGCCAUGGCCUCCCCGAAGCAUGUAAAAGCGUUUUGCGACGCGUUGAUCUGCAGAGUUGACCAACUCUCGACGUUCAUCGACAAAGUAUGCAAAGCAGAGCUUGUGGGCGAUGAAUGGAUGAAGCUGCUGUUUAUCCUUCACCGCCUCCAGCAAAUACGCGAGAUCCAUCGUCAACUUCGGAUAUCCAACUAUCUCUCCCGUUUAAUGACAACGCUCGUCAGUCUACAACAGCACUUCCCUCCAAAAACGAUCCUGCGCUUCUUCUUCACGAUUUUCUCGCUCAGUGCGGAUCCUCAGGCAGUGGAGGAGUUGGUCGACGGAGGACUUGUUACUGUCGCUGCCAACACGCUGAUGAAAGUGGAUUUGGCUGUUGUUGGGCAGGACGAGCGACAACAUGCACAGAACCUGAUCCAGGCGUUAGCGGCGUAUACGUUCCACCCUCGAACCCUUGCUGCCCUUCGCCAUACCGUGGGCGAACUCCCCAGAUACGUGGAGGAAGGACUCAAUCACCGCGAAUACAUCGGUUCCCGUUGGGACGAACUGGUCUACUGCAUUGGACCUCAGUCUAACCAUCUUAACGGUCUGGAAGAAGAAGGACUGAGCAUAUGUGACAAUGAUUCGCACGACGAGAUGUGGAUAGGCCCGUACAUGGUUGGAGGAGGCGUCAAGGCCUGCUCGGGGUGCCACUUGGUCGCUUACUGUAGCCCCGAAUGCCAGAAAACAGACUGGAAGGAGAGGCACAAGCCCGAAUGCCCUAUUGUGCGCCACAGCUAUCACGAACGCAGUGCGACCAACACGAAAUAUCGCCAUGCAACUCGCGCAUUCCAUCUACGAGUCAUCGAAGGCGUGUGUAACCCACAGUACAGACUCCUUACAGAGAGCCAGCCUGGUCAACGUGGAUGGGAGUUUCUGAUGAUGAUCAACGCGUGCUGGGACCAGCCCACGGAGAAUGCCAUCACACUUUGUCCAGCACCUAUACCCAGGUGGAUCGUGGAGCAGAAGAAAGUAGGCGACUGUCCGGCGAUGGAUGGGAGAGCAAAGCGGCUGGUUGACGAGUAUGUGAAGAGCAAGGCUCCGAAAACGCGUCUAGUCGAGUUCGUGACUCGGUGA